AGGACCACCUGACACAAGUGACACAUACACACUCUCUUUGUUAGUUGGUUGGAACCUCAAAGUUGAAAGUUCCAUUACUUCCAUUACUUCGCCAUGGCAUCAUCUUCAAAGUGGUUUCUCAUUGUGUGCGCCGUGGUGGCCAUCUGGGCCGUUGAUCUGGGCCAGGCCCAGGCUCAGGCUCCGGCACCGUCGGUGGACUGCACAAGCUUGGCCCUGACCUUGUCGGAUUGCUUGUCCUUCGUGACGAACGACAGCACCGCCACGAAGCCGACUGGAACAUGCUGCCCUUCCUUGAAAAGCGUCCUGAAAAGCGCUCCCCACUGCCUCUGUGAGGCUCUCAAGAGCAGCUCUCAGUUCGGCAUCGUUUUGAAUGUCACCAAGGCCCUCUCUCUUCCUGCUGCAUGCAAACUCUCUGCUCCUUCUUUUUCUUCCUGUGGAUUCUCUCUACCGCCUUCUCCUGCUCCUGCUCCUGUUUCGUUGCAGGCCCUUCUCCUACAUCUGCUACUACAGCAACUGGUACUGUAAAUGGAGCUCCAACACCAUCUCCUGGGAACGCAGCACCACCAUUGAUACCCUUUUCUGCUGGACCCCUUAUUUUCUGCCUUUUACUUUCUCUCAUGCCAUUUUGAGAGUAGGGGAAUGGGAUCACAUGAGGGACUAUUUUCAUGUUUUCUCACUUUUACCAUCUGCGUUACAUUACUUGAUCAAGUAGAUAAAAUUCAGCGUGACUCGAACCUAUUUUCUGCUUGUAUUCUCGUUUAAUAAGUUAUAUUUAUGUAUAUUUAUCUGAGUAGUUGUUUUAGCGUUAUUAUUGAUAUUGAUGUGGGUGAGCAUUCCAUUUCUUGUUGACUAA